UUGUCAUAGACUAAUUGACCAUAGAUGCAUGGGUUUAUUUCUGGGUUUUCUAUUCUGUUUCACUGAUAUAUAUUUCUGUUUUUGUGCCAGUGCCACAUUGUUUUGAUGACUGUAGUUUGUAGUAUUGUUUGAUUCCCAGCUUUAUGUUGCUUCCCUCUGCCUUUUUCUCCCUCACAGUAGACACAGGCCAUCCAUGGAACAAGAAAACCAAACAGCAGUCUCAGAAUUCCUCCUCCUGGGACUCUCAGAAAAGCCAGAGCAUCAGAUCUUCCUCUUUGGGCUCUUCCUGCCCAUGUACCUGGUCACCAUCUUUGGAAACCUGCUAAUCAUCCUGGCCAUCAUCACAGACUCACACCUCCACACGCCCAUGUACUUCUUCCUCUCCAACUUGUCGCUCAUUGACAUCUUCUUCUCUUCCACCACUGUCCCCAAAAUGUUAGUGAACCUCUGGACACAGAGCAAAGCCAUCCCCUUUGCAGGCUGCCUUGCCCAGAUGUAUGCCUUCCACCUGUUUGGGACCAUGGACAGCUUCCUCCUGGCUGUGAUGGCCAUUGAUCGGUUCAUGGCCAUUGUCCACCCUCUGCGCUACUUGGCCAUCAUGAGUCCCCGUGUGUGUGGGCUGCUGGUGGUGGGGUCAUGGCUGAUCACCAACCUCCAGUCCAUUGUCCACACCAGCCUCAUGGCUCAGUUGACCUUCUGCGCUGGCUCUGAAAUCCCCCACUUCUUCUGUGACCUCAUGCCCCUGCUGAAGCUCUCCUGCUCAGACACACACACCAAUGAGCUGGUGAUCUUUGCUUUCGGCAUUGUGAUGGGCAUCAGCCCCCUAGUGUUGAAAGUCUUCUCUUAUACUUGCAUUUUUCGGACGAUCUUCAGGAUCCCUUCUGCUCUGGGCAAAUGGAAAGCCUUCUCCACUUGUGGCUCACACCUCACCGUGGUGACACUAUUCUAUGGCACCAUCUUUGCUGUGUACCUGCAGCCGGCAUCUCCCACUUCCUCCCAGAAGGAUAAGGCAGCUGCUCUGAUGUAUGCUGUGAUCAUUCCCAUGCUGAACCCCUUUAUCUACAGCCUAAGGAACAAGGACAUGAAGGCAGCCCUGAGGAAGCUGGGUGGCAAAGUAGCACCCAUCAGUCCUAGGGCAGAAUAGCUGUUUGGCACCUGCCACAUUCCAGGGCCACAGUUCAGUGCAUGGGACACUGAAAUACAUCCAUGGCUUCUCUCAAGGCAUUCAGAGUCUGGUAUGGAAUAGAGAUCUGUCAACAAAUCAUCACAGGUCAACAUGGUAAAUGUGUCUGUCAUAAGAGAUGAAUGAAGCACUGCAGGAAAGAAAAGAUGUGUAUUUUCCCCCAUGGUUUAUCUUCCUCCUGAAGAUUAGAGUAGGAGAUUUUGAAGUAGCCUUAAACUGGCCUUUCUGGGGUGUCUUAUAGAAAUGGUACAUGGAUAAUCCUAGUUGAAUGAAAGAUUCAGUUCAGUUCAGUCACUCAGUCAUGUCCGACUCUUUGCGACCCCAUGAAUUGCAGCACACUAGGCCUCCAUAUCCAUCACCAACUCCCAGAGUUGACUCAAAUU